GGCAGCACAGUAUUUGCGGAGUUUUUCCGUUCGGCCCGGACUGUGUACUUAAAGUAGAACGGUGAUGACCUUGUCAUUAACAUGUAUCCAUCCAUGUCUCGUUCAUUCACCGUAGCGGAUGUUGAUGACCUUGUUACAAAGCUGCAGACUGAGGAGAAAAUCUCCCUCUUGGGAGCUCCGAACUGGUGGAAUACUACUCCAAUUCCCCGUCUAGAUAUUCCAUCCAUCCGUUGUAGUGACGGGCCAAAUGGCGUUCGGGGAUCUUCUCAUUUUGCAUCUACUCCCGCUCAAUGUCUUCCGUGUGCUACUUCUUUGGCAUCGACCUUUGAUGUCGACUUAAUUCGAAGAGUAGGAGAAUUCCUUGCUGCAGAGGCAAAGAUCAAAUCCUCAGUCAUCUUGCUUGCUCCGACAUGUAAUAUUCAACGCUCACCUCUUGGAGGGAGAGCUUUUGAAAGUUUCUCUGAAGAUCCUUACUUAUCAGGAAUUAUGGCUUCUGCCUAUGUCAAUGGUCUUCAAUCGCAAGGAGUCUCUGCAGCCAUUAAACAUUUUGUUGGGAACGAUCAAGAGCACGAGAGGACUGCCGUUGAAUCUGUAAUGUCUGACAGGGCUUUGCGAGAAGUAUACUUGUACCCUUUCAUGCUGGCCCAGAAGCUCGCCAAACCUUGGGCUUUCAUGACUUCAUAUGGACGUAUUCAUGGUGUUCACUGCUCCGAAAAUCCCGAAUUACUGCAAGAUAUACUUAGAAAUGAAUGGAAAUUCAAAGGCAUCGUCAUGAGCGAUUGGUAUGGUACGUAUGGAGUAGACCAGCCAAUCAAUGCUGGUUUAGACCUGGAAAUGCCUGGACCUACCCGUUGGAGAACACCUACUCUCGUUAAUCAUGUGUUGACCGCUCAGAAAUUAUCACCCUCAACGCUAGAUGACCGUGUCAGAAACAUGCUAUCAUAUAUACAACAACAAGUCCGUCUCAAUCCUGAAGUUGUCUACGGUGAUGGUAAAGAGCGGACCCGCGACACUCCAGAAAUCCGACAAUUUUGCAGAACUUUAGCGGCUGAGGGAAUUGUCCUGUUGCAGAAUCGGAAUAAAGUCCUUCCUUUACUCCCAAAUCGUGUACGUAAGCUUGCGAUUGUGGGCCCUAAUGCUAAAGGAAGUGUCAUAUCCGGUGGAGGAUCCGCUGCGCUCAAGGCUAGCUAUAUAAUCACACCGUAUCAAGGCAUACAGCAAGGCGCUUUUGAUGACUUACAAAUAUCUUAUACCAUUGGAUGUUAUGCCCAUAAAUAUCUUCCGACGCUCGAAAAUCAUCUGGAGACCCCGAACGGAGACCCUGGCUGGCUUGCGACGUUUUACAGUCAUGCAGAAGACGGCGAACUCACUCCACCAGUCGCAGAAUUUGUCUUGAACGAUACUCGAGUAAAACUCAACGACUUCAUUCCUGCAGGCCUCAGCGAAAAUUGGACACUCAAAAUGAGUGGAAGGCUAUCUGUUGAUAACACAGCACCAUUUGAACUCGGUUUAACAGUCGCAGGAAGAGCGAAGCUUUGGAUUGACGGAGAGCUGACCAUCGACAAUUGGACCAAGCAAACUCCGGGUGACUUCUUCUAUGGACAAGGCACAAUCGAGGAAAAAGCAACUGUGAAGCUAGAAGCAAGGAAAUCAGUAGAUGUACUCGUCGAAUAUACCAACUCGUAUCCGCCUCCCGAUCAAAAUGAUGAAGGAAAGACUGUACCCAAUGCGCAACCUGCGUUAAUGCGCGGGCUGCGGUUAGGUGGCUGCGAGAAGAUCGACGCUGAACUUGCGAUAGCGGACGCCGUAAAAUUAGCCGAGAGCUCAGAUGCAGUAGUUUUCAUUGGUGGCCUGACUCCGGAAUGGGAGAGUGAAGGUUUCGAUCGGCUUUCAUUGGACUUGCCUGGGAUGCAGGCAGAGCUUAUUGCGAAACUUGCUGCGGUCAAUCCGAACACUAUAGUUUGUAUCCAGGCGGGAUCUGCCAUCGCAAUGCCGUGGAAGGACGAGGUAGCAGGGAUUUUGCAAACUUGGUAUUUGGGGAACGAGGUUGGAAACGCAAUUGCAGAUGUACUCUUUGGGAAAGUCAAUCCCUCCGGUCGCUUACCGCUUACAUUUCCGAAAAGAAUAGAAGACAUCGCAGCGUAUCCCAACCUCCGUAGUGAACACGGUAAGAUUUACUACCGCGAAGAUCUAAUGGUUGGGUACAAGCAUCAUCUCAAGCAAAAAAUUGAGCCGUUAUUCAGCUUUGGGCAUGGCCUAUCGUACACCAGUUUCGAGCUUCUUGACUGUAUUGUAAAACAAACUGGGACAGAUAUCGAAACAUCUGUCCGGCUACAAAAUACAGGAGCAAUCGCCGGAUCAGAGGUUUUGCAAUUAUACGUGGCUUAUCCCGACAAGGGAAUAACUCAUCCUCCGCUGCAAUUGAAGGCGUUCGCGAAAGUUCAUGAUGUAGCGGCAGGGCAAGUUUCCACUGUCAAACUAAAGUUGGACAAGUGGGCAUUCUCAUACUGGGAUGAGAAGAAGAAUCAAUGGAAGGUGGACGCUGGCCAUUAUGCACUGUAUCUUGGUUUCAGCUGUGAACACAUAAUUUGUGAGAAGAUUAUCAAGCUCGGAAACACGCAUAGUUGGACUCAAUUGUAGGUAUGAAUAUAAGUAUGUAAAUCGCAACUGUAAAAACUCAUAGUUAGGGUCGCUGUAUUUUUAUGUUGUAAAAGGUUGUAAACCAGUGCAAACCCGAUCA